AUGCUCUUGACAUGGUUAACAGGACUAGCGGCUGGAAUAGUCGUCCUGCAUUUCUUGCAGAAACUCGUGUUGCCUUAUUUCUGGGACGACUUCUGGUACCUGCUGAAGGUGGUACGCUAUAGAAUUUGGCUGGAUAUGUACGUGCUGAAAGGCGAGCUGUUCACUGUCCUGGAUAAAUUCCUGAGUCUUGCCAACAAGCAGCCCCAGAAGCCUUUCAUCAUCUAUGAGGGAGACAUCUACACCUAUCAGGAUGUGGACAAAAGGAGUAGCAGAGUGGCUCACGUCUUCCUGAACCAUUCCUCGCUGAAAAGGGGGGACACCGUGGCUCUGCUGAUGAGCAACGAGCCUGACUUCGUCCACGUGUGGUUCGGCCUGGCCAAGCUGGGCUGCGUGGUGGCCUUCCUCAGUUCCAACAUUCGCUCCAACUCCCUUCUACAUUGCAUCCGCAGCUGUGAGCCCAGGGCCCUCGUGGUGGGUGCAGAUUUGCUUGGAACUGUCGAAGACAUCCUUCCGAGUCUCCCAGGAGGUAUCAGUGUUUGGGCAAUGAGUGAUUCUGCUCCACGAGGCAUGAUUUCACUCAAAGAAAAACUGAGCAUGGCAUCCGACAAGCCAGUGCCACGCUGCCACCAUGCCACGUCGAGCCUCAAGUCUGCUCAUCUUUACAUCUUUACCUCUGGAACCACAGGGCUGCCCAAACCAGCUGUGAUCAGUCAGCUGCAGGCUUUACAGGGUUCUGCUGGCUUGUGGGCUUUCGACUGUACUGCUAAUGACAUCAUUUAUAUAACUCUUCCUCUGUAUCAUAGCUCAGGAGCUCUUCUGGGAAUCGGUGGAUGUAUUGAGUUAGGAGCUACUUGUGUGUUAAAGAAGAAAUUCUCAGCAAGUCAGUUUUGGAACGACUGUAGGAAGUACAAUGUGACUGUGUUUCAGUAUAUUGGAGAACUUUGUCGCUAUCUUUGCAAACAAGCUAAGAGAGAAGGAGAAAAGGAUCAUCAAGUGCGUUUGGCAGUUGGAAACGGCAUACGGAGUGAUGUGUGGAGGGAAUUUUUAGACAGAUUUGGAAAUAUUAAGAUAUGUGAGCUUUAUGGAGCUACUGAAGGAAACAUUUCUUUCAUGAAUCAGACUGGGAAGAUUGGAUCUGUUGGGAGAACAAAUUUCUUUCACAAACUUUUAUUCAGUUUUGACAUGAUAAAGUAUGAUUUUAAGAAAGAUGAACCCAUUAGAAAUGAACAGGGCUGGUGUACUCCUGUGAAAAAAGGAGAACCUGGACUUCUCAUUUCUCGAGUGAAUGAGAAGAAGCCCUUCUUUGGUUAUGCUGGGGAUAAGAAGCAUACAGAAAAGAAACUGCUUUAUGAUGUUUUUAAGAAGGGAGAUGUUUACUUCAACACAGGAGAUUUAAUGGUCCAAGAUCGGGAGAAUUUCCUUUAUUUUUGGGACCGUAUUGGAGACACUUUCAGGUGGAAAGGAGAAAAUGUUGCGACCACAGAGGUUGCUGAUGUUAUUGGAAUGUUGGAUUUCAUACAGGAAACAAACGUCUAUGGGGUGGCGGUGCCAGAUUAUGAAGGGAAAGCAGGAAUGGCUUCUAUUAUUUUAAAACCAAAUAGGUCGUUAGACCUGGACAAAGUUUAUGAACAAGUUGUAUCUUUUCUACCAGCUUAUGCCUGCCCAAGAUUUUUAAGAAUUCAGGAGAAUAUGGAAACAACAGAGACAUUCAAACUACGGAAGUUUCAUUUGGUAGAAGAAGGGUUUAGUCCACUGAAAAUUUCUGACCAACUCUAUUUGAUGGAUAACUUGAAAAGAUCUUAUGUUCCCUUGACUAAAGAACUUUAUGAUCAAAUCAUGUUAGGGGAGAUCAAACUUUAAGAUUUUUUACAUACUGGAUUUUCAUGUUUUCUUAGGACAGGAGAGAGGCGAGUAUAUGAUUCUUUAACAUGAAAUGAGGAAGGAAACGGACAUUAAUUAACAUAUUUUCUUAAUAUGCAACAGUUGUUCUUUCAGUAGGACCUUUAUUUGUUUUAAUUCAAAACAAACUUUAGUUGAUUAUUUGUCUUAUUUGAGGAUUC